AUGUACCCCAACAACACCCGCACGGUCGGAGUACAUGAGUACAUGUACUGGUACCUGGUAACGGCACCUGUAAUGGUGUCGCAUCGAGGCAUCGCCCUCGCCGACAACAACCUCCUGAGAAGAGACCAGGGCAGCCAGCACUCACCCGUUACGUCCCGGAUUAGCAACCUGUCGAGCCGUGGGGGUGGUGGAAUGGAGCUUCCGGGCUUGGUAUUCAUUGGAGAUCGAGAGUUGCUGAGCCCCUGCGAACCGUGUGAUGUGGCAAAAAUAUCCUCGCCACCCAACGAAAACCUUCAAGAGCAGCUGCGUAUGCUGAAGGCCUGCCAGAAGGCGUACGGAGGCAUUGGCAUUGCUGCCUGUCAGGUUGGAUGGAGAACAAGGAUCUUUUGCAUGGGAAUUGAUGUGGAUGAUGAGGCAGCCAGAGCACGAUAUCCAGAUGCCAAGCCGUUUCCUCAUCAGUUCUGGGUCAAUCCUUCCAUCACUCCACAUAUGGAACAGGGGACGAGUUGGUUCUGGGAAGGCUGUCUUUCCGUACCAGGAAUGAGGGGAUGGGUGGAGCGCCCCAACGCCGUGCACAUGCAAGGAUGGAACGAAAAUGGAGAACCCAUCGAGGCUGAAUUGGAUGGGCUUCCCGCUCGAGUGGCACAACAUGAAUAUGAUCACCUGGACGGAGUUUUGUUUCCGGAUAGAGCCUUGGCAGGCACACUACUUCCCGUGAGAGCGUUUGAAGAUGACAGACAAGACAAAUGGCCAGAAAACUGGCCAACACCUGGUGCACGAAAGACAAAGCCAGGUGGUUUUUCCGAGGUGAAAUAA